AGCUAAACGAUCUGAACAGCACUUUUGACGUCAGGAAUAAUCAUUCCAGCCAACUCUCUCAUCCGGGUCUUCCUUUCGUCCUUUCCUCCAAUGUAUUUAUAUUUACAUUCGGUGAAUCAGCGCUGGAUUUAAGCCUUAACAACAACAAAACAACUACAACAGCUGUAAGGCUGGAGCAGCCACGGGUUUGAUUUGCACGAAUCCAUCGCUCUUUCGUCUGCGUAAAUUUAAACUUUUGUGUGCGUAAAAGUACCAACUAUGUUGCCAGCCUUUCAACUCAACAAGUAUCUCUCCUCUUACCACCUUCCCGAUUAAUGGCUGCGGAAUGGAGAUAGCCUUGGUGAGUUUUGAGAACGGUGGAGCAAAGGGAAGCGGCGGAGGGGGCAACAAUGCCGAGGACAGCUGCCGGAACGCGCUGGAUGUCCCUCAAGCGGGUUUCGCGCAGACUGGACUCGGAGAGGACUACAGUAAAGAGCUGAAUACUCACCACCACUAUCAGCACAGCACUUGGAAAAUUAACGACAUGAAUAACACACUGAGCUGCAGCGAGAACGCUAUGGAUGCGCUUUUACGCGCGGACCACAGUCCGCAUCUGUUUGAUGAGGACAUGUUGGACAUGGACAUGGACGCGGAAAGCAACGAGAGGGUUCUCAUCAACAUAGCAGGACUCCGAUACGAGACCCAGCUGGGCACACUUAACCAGUUUCCCGACACUUUGUUGGGCGAUCCUGCCAAGCGGAUUAAAUAUUUCGACCCGCUCAGGAACGAGUACUUCUUUGACCGGAACAGACCUAGUUUUGAUGGAAUCUUAUAUUUUUAUCAGUCCGGUGGAAAGAUUCGCAGACCUGUCAACGUGUCAAUUGACGUCUUCGCUGAUGAGAUAAGAUUUUACCAAUUAGGAGAGGAGGCCAUGGAGAGGUUUCGUGAAGAUGAGGGAUUUAUCAAAGAGGAGGAGAAGCCGCUUCCCCAAAACGAGUUUCAGAAGCAAGUCUGGCUCAUAUUUGAGUACCCAGAAAGCUCCAGUCCGGCACGGGGCAUUGCUAUCGUGUCCGUCAUUGUUAUUACCAUAUCUAUUAUUACCUUCUGCCUAGAGACGCUGCCUGAGUUCAGGGAUGAACGAGAGUUACCGGUAACAAGUCGUCUGGACAACAGCACUGCACCGCGGCCCUCUCUAACCUUCACGGACCCCUUCUUCAUCAUAGAAACCACAUGCGUUAUCUGGUUCACAUUUGAACUUUUUGUGCGUUUUUUUGCGUGCCCAAGUAAGUCCGAGUUUUCUAAGACAAUUAUGAACAUAAUCGACAUUAUGUCCAUCAUGCCUUAUUUUAUCACCGUGGGCACUGAGCUGGUGGAGCAGCAAGACGAAGAACAUCAAAACGGGCAGCAGGCCAUGUCCCUGGCCAUCCUCAGGGUUAUACGUUUAGUCCGGGUUUUCAGGAUCUUCAAACUUUCCAGACAUUCCAAGGGGCUCCAGAUCCUGGGUCAGACUUUAAAGGCCAGCAUGCGGGAGUUGGGUCUGCUCAUCUUCUUCCUCUUUAUUGGAGUCAUCCUCUUCUCCAGUGCCGUGUAUUUUGCGGAAGCGGACGAACCUGAGUCCCACUUCUCCAGCAUCCCGGACGCGUUCUGGUGGGCAGUGGUCACCAUGACAACUGUGGGGUAUGGCGACAUGCGUCCUGUGACUGUCGGGGGGAAAAUUGUGGGAUCUUUGUGCGCCAUCGCUGGUGUGCUCACUAUUGCACUCCCGGUGCCUGUCAUCGUGUCCAACUUCAACUACUUUUACCAUCGGGAGACGGACCAGGACCAGUCCUCGCUUAAGGAUGAGCCCAACAGCGGCAGGAACAGUCCUGAACCUAAGCGCAAAGGCAGUAAAUCCUCCAAUAAGUCUCAAGAUGUGGAGAACAAUGACGCGUCCGCUUCAGUGGAAAAGGCAAACAUUAAAGCGAACAGCAGUAUGGAUUUCAAACGAUCCCUUUACGCGUUUUGUUUGGACACACGGGAGACGGACCUGUAGCCCCAAACUAAUUAAGUCCAAUAAUCUCACUGCUGGGCUCUUUGCACACCCCAUCAGGAGAUCAGGAGAUGCUCACAUAAUAGUGUUUAUCUUUAGGAAAUUAAGUUUUUUUUUUUAAUAAGCACACUUUAAGUCCACCAGGGAGUGGAUCAUACCAAGCUAAGAAACACAAUGCAAUCAAGAUUUUUUUAGGAACAAGUUAAAUUAGUUUAUUUUCAGGAAAACAAACACAUGCACAUUACUUGGACUGUAUGGACACAUGUAUAUAAUAUAGGAAACAGCUUUUAUUUUGAUAAGGUCACGCUUGAAAUAAGUUGCAUUCAUGAGGUAAACAAACCCUCAUUGACUAUUCUUUGAGAACUGGACCACAGCCUUGUAGUAGAAGUUUAAAGUCUAUAUUUUUCAAAUGCAAAUAUCUCUUUCUUCUUGGUCUGUGGAAGAUGGGCCUAACAAGGAGGGAGCCUUGAUCAUUACAGCCAAGAAAAAUGUGUUUUUUUACUAAAAACAGUAAACAACCUAUGGAAAUGAUAAAGCCAAGGAAGAGGACAGCACAGAGACCAUCUGGAGAGAUCACGCAACACUAGCACCAGAGAGUUGAAGCCCUUCCAAAAGGAGCCCUCCUCACCUCUGAGACACUCUGCUGCUGCUCUCCACCAAUGAAGUCCACCCAACUCCUUUUGCAACUCUGUGCCUUGAAGCAAAUCAUCACUCUCACAUUGGAAGCACUUGAUACCAUAAUUAUUGAUCUCUGCCUGAUUUGAAAGAAGGAUGGGGAUAAUGCUGUUCUCGGGAAACUAAGAUGAGCGAUUUUUGGAUCUAUUUGGUAUCAGAUGUAUUCUUUUGAACUAAAUGGUGUCAUAUCAAAGAAGACAUGUUGCUGUGCAAUAUCAGUGGAUCUUUAUUGUCAUGUGGAUUAAGUCAUUUUUUGUUUAUUUUUGUAAUGUUUUCUUGAUUUCUAUUUUUCUAAGAUUUUAAGCACGUUUAAGUCAGGUGAGAAGACUAAAAAGAAAUAUGAACAAUGGAUGAUGCAGGAUCUAUUUUUUUUUAACUGGAUGCCCUCCUGCCUGACUAGGGCUUAAGCCAUAGUCUAUAUAAGACAAAUGAGUGUUGUAAACACGACCAAAACUGCCACAUGCAUUCAGGGUCUAACCAUUAAGAGCACAUGCCCCAACUCCUCGUCACCACGUCUUAGCUGUGGAUUCAGGCGACACUUUGUACUGUUUGGCUUGAAUUUCAAGUAUUUAUUCUCUGCCUGUGUGUGGCCUGUUUCUCUUGCUGUUAUUUUGUACUUCCUCCUACAUAUCAACUAAGUAACUAUGUAUUAUGAGUAUGUAAGUGUGAAAUAAGAAUGAGACUGACAGAAAAAUAGAGCAUAAAUUCUCAAAUUGUGGCCCACAGACACAAUCAUCUAAAAGAAAUGCACUGGGUAACAUUUUAGUCACACUUCUCACUUCAAAGCAGAUGCAAAACAAAAACACAUUUAUUAUAUUUAAAUGUUUUAUAUUUAGUGAUGUACAAAUAUGCUGGCAUUUAGUAGUUACUUACAAUUGUCACCAAAUAUGAUAAAUGUAGGUUAUUAUAAUUACUAGUCAGUGAAACUAGAAAUGUCCCCAACACUUUGUUGCCUACAAAAAAGUUCUAUCUGACAAAAUAUUUCACAAUUGCUAUAAACUAUAAAAUAAUUUAAGCUGUUCGCUAUUUAGAUAUUUCUUUCGGAAUAAGGUUCUCCACUCUUCUAGUCCUACUUUGGGUUUACUGUAUAAGAAUAAGACAUAAUGAUGUUCUGCUCUGGUGAAUACUGGCCACAAUUUGAAAAUCGUGUGUAGUUUAUUUUCAUGCAUACCUCCUGAUUUGACAGUAGUAAAGUGUGAUCCUUGUGUUUCCUUGAAGCUGCUAUCCCUCCUUGUCCAGCCUGUUCCUUUUGCAUAACACUGCCUCGGAUAGUAACUCCAGUAAAAAGAAAAUAUAAAGUUUGUCCAUCUGAGAAAAGUGCAGAUUUUAGGCUGCAACUUUGGAUCUAUUAGAAAUGUGUAUUUACAAUAUUGAAAGCAUUAAACACUACUGUUGAUAUGUGAUAUUCUUUCUCAUGUUCAAACCAAAAACAGGCACAGUUGUGCCACUGACCAAAAAGGCUUACUAAAGAUCCCCAAAAGCCUGUGUUGUUAAUGCCUUUGGGAAAAUGAAACAAAAAUGAAAACAAAACAUGCAGAAAGCAUUUACUCAGCAGUGUUGUAUUUUUAAACGCACCUGAGUCAGAAAGCUCACUUCCCUGAUUGACAUAUCAUUUUGAUCCAGAGUGUUUAGGGACUUUAGUAAUGCUGUCGCCUUGAUGGCAUAAUAUCAAACGUCUGAACCUGCCAGCUGCCUGAAGAAAGCCAAGAGCACUUGACAUACAGUCCCUUGACACAGUAUUUGAAUGUGCAUGAAGAAAUGAGUUUCCCAAUAUUCUAUGACAUGCUUUGUGGACAUACCCAAUAUAUUAUAGUUGUAUUAAUGAAUUGUAGGAGAAUACCAAAACUAAUUACUGAAAUGAGUGAAAUGUAAACACUGGAUCUCAACGCUCAAACGCUGUGAUCCUGUGUUCAGCAUGUACUGCCAUAUGGCCCAUAAGUGUAUUUUAUAUCAAAUAAAUAAACAUUUGUUCCAUUCUGACAGAUUUUUCACUUUACCUCAGUGCAUAAAUGCAUGAUUUAAUGGACAUCAGCCCUUGAAUCACUGUAACCCAGGGAUAUUGUGAUAGUUCAGCCAUAGAGGCGGUAGUGUUUGUGUGCGAGGGGAGGCAAUAAUCAUGUGUGAGACGCGGCCUCCAUUCAUUGAGAACCUUUACUGGCACUAUUCCCAAAAAUAUUGCUGCCAAAUUGGUUAAAAGCCAAACUUUCUCUGUGUAUAAAUGGUUUAA